AUGGCGGUAGACAAUAACCCAGCAGCCAUGGUCGAAAGAAUCAUGGCACCAAAUGGGGUUAAUGUUGGCCCUCAUAGGCCAAAUUACACAUCAUUAUUGUCUGAAUAUAUUCUACAAUCAGAAUUACCCCCUAGGUGGAAAAUCCCCAAGUUUACUAAGUUUUAUAGGGACACUGAUGAGUCCAUUGUCGAACACGUGGCUAGGUACCUAAUAGAAGCAGGGGAAAUUGCUAAUAACGAGAACCUAAUGAUAAAAUAUUUCCCAAGUUUCCUUACGAAGAAUGCCUUUACGUGGUUCACCACGUUGCCAGCAAGUCCAAUCCAUGAUUGGACUCGACUAGAAAGAUUCCAUUUUCUUAAGGCCAAAUGUUUAACACAAGUUCCUGAGCAUGAAUUGCUGGAAAUGGCCGCUGGUGGCCUUGAUUAUUCCAUUAGGAAGAAACUGGAUACUCAAUAUCUAAGGGACAUGGCCCAGUUAACUAACAGAAUUCGACAGGUAGAGCGCCUGAAAGCUGAAAAAGCUAAUCCAAAAACGUAUAGGGGUCCUUUAAAUUUUGAUGAAAGCGAAGUUGACCUUGCUGAACUGAAGCAAGGACCACCUUACUCCUACAAAGUCCUAACGCCUUCGAAUGGAAAAAACCCAGUCGAACUAGAAAAGAGUGACGCUUUCCCUAAGAAAACAUACACCUUCGACGUCACCAAGUGUGAUGAUAUUUUCAAUUUAUUAGUUAAAGAUGGCCAGAUGAUAGUGCCUCUUGGGAUCUUGUGCAAAAGGCUAUCAGAGACGGAAGGCUCAAGUUUGGAGAUAGGUCGAAGUCUCAAAUAA